GCAGGAAAAGCAGAAGUUUCCAGAAAGGGACGGAAACACGCGGACCGUCUGGGAGGUUCUGAGUCACCGGACCGGACCGGACCGGACCGGACCGGUUCUGGGUCCGCCGCUGCUCAGUUCUCCUCAUGGACGCUCCGUGGGUCGGACGCUUUCUGGUUCUGCUGCUGGCGGCCGCCGCAGGUUUCUCAGCUGGCGGCUCCGGGGACGACAGCUGGUCCAUGCAGGUCCAGGCGGAGGUCCGGGGGAUGGACGGCUACCCGGUGGUGCUGCCCUGCACCUUCAGCCACCCGCAGCACUCCCAGCAUUCCUUGCUGCAGGUGAUGUGGCGGCUGGGCCACGGGUCGGCCGCCGCCAUCCUGUACCGCUGCACCAGCCGACCCGGCGCCGCCGCCUGCGAACCCGACCCGCAGCAGGACCAGCGGUACCGCCUGGAGGGCAACCCGAGGGAGCACGACCUGUCGCUGCGCAUCAACGGCGCCACCCUGCAGGACAACGGCCGUUACUACUGCAGAGUGGAGGUUCAGGGGCGAGAACACGUCAGCUUCGAGGAUAAGAUGGGGACCAGGCUGCGAGUGGAAGCUCCUCCAAAGAUCCUGGCCGUGUCGGUGGAGGGCGGCGGUCCGGCCGGGUUCACCGCCGUGUGCCGGGUCCAGGGUUCACCGCUGCCGGACAUCCAGUGGCUCGGCCCGGACGCCCCGCUGGAGGGCUCCUCGCCGGCGCCGCCGCAGGCUCUGGGCUCGCCUGGCCGGUAUCGGACC